CGGGUGCGCGCUUGCGUGCGCCUCAGUGUAUGUGCGCGUAUGUGUGUGUGCGUGUGUGUGUGUGUGAGGGAGUGAGUGAGUGCGCGGUGCUCGUGUGUGUGUGUGAAGGCGGCGGGCGGAUCGGUUUCUCGGGGUUUGACCAGCUGUCCCAGGCUAACCCUGCUCUCCGAAGAUGGAGGAAGUGCCGGCAGGAUUACCCUUAGCGACCGCGCCGCUGCCUCAGUUUCCAUAGGCGGCCGCGCACGGGCGCGGGGCGGCGGCACUAAUAAAAACACAAACAAAAGGGGCAUGGAAGUGAUCCACUGCCUGCGCGGCUGAGGUGUCUUUGAGGGUGUACUUUUCUGCCUUGCAGCACUGCACUUUGACUAUGGAAGCAGAGGCUGCUGAUGGAUAUAUAACAUCAGGUGACAAUGAGCUUUCACCCGAAAGGGAGCACUCCAGCAUGGCUAUUGACCUCACCUCAAGUACACCCAAUGGGCAGCAUACCUCACCAAGUCACGUGGCAAGCACAAAUUCAGUGAAGGUAGAAAUGCAAAGUGAUGAGGAAUCUGACAGGAAGACCUUCUGUCAGGAAGAUGAGGUCAGGGUUCUCGAUGAAGGAAGCAGCCUGGAAGAGCCCCUCGCUGAGAAUAACGAGAUGACGGAUAACAGAAAGAUUCAGGAGCUAUCGAGCGAGGGAGGAAUCCGGCUUCCGAAUGGUAAACUGAAAUGUGACGUCUGUGGCAUGGUUUGCAUUGGGCCCAAUGUGCUAAUGGUACAUAAAAGGAGCCACACUGGUGAACGUCCCUUCCACUGCAAUCAAUGUGGAGCUUCUUUUACCCAGAAGGGGAACCUGCUGAGGCACAUCAAGUUGCACUCUGGGGAGAAACCGUUCAAAUGUCCCUUCUGCAGCUACGCCUGCCGACGGAGGGACGCCCUCACCGGACACCUCAGGACCCACUCCGUUCCAGGUAUAGAGAUGGCACUGCAGGAGGAGAUUCCUGGCCAGAGCAGACCACUGAACUACAGCAGUGAGCUCCUGUAUAUGUCGCAGGACCUCUUACCCUCUACAAUGGGGAAGCCUCACAAGUGCAACUACUGUGGCCGGAGCUACAAGCAGCGCAGUUCGCUGGAAGAGCACAAGGAGCGCUGCCACAACUACAUGCAGAAUGUGGGCAUGGAGGCCGCCGGGCAGGUCCUGAGUCACCACGUACCUCCUAUGGAAGAUUGUAAGGAACAAGAGCCUGUGAUGGACAACAAUAUUCCUAUGGUGCCUUUUGAGAGACCUGCUGUUAUAGAGAAGCUGACAAGCAACUUGGGAAAGCGUAAAAGCUCCACCCCACAGAAGUUUGUGGGUGAAAAGCUCAUGAGACUUGGCUAUCCAGAUAUUCACUUUGAUAUGAACCUAUCCUAUGAGAAGGAGUCUGAGCUGAUACAGUCUCAAAUGAUGGACCAAGCCAUCCACAAUGCAAUCGCCUACCUUGGAGCUGACUCACUUCACCCCCUGAUGCAGCACACGCCAAGCACAAUUGCUGAGGUGGCUCCGGUCAGCAGCUCACCUUAUGCUCAGGUCUAUCAUCCUAACAGGAUAGAAAGGCCCAUCAGCAGGGAAACAGCUGACAGUCACGAGAACAACAUGGAUGGCCCGAUCUCCCUCAUCAGACCAAAGAGUCGAACCCAAGAUAGAGAGGGCUCCCCUAGCAAUAGCUGCCUGGAUUCUACUGACUCAGAGAGCAGCCACGAAGACCGCCAGUCCUACCAAGGAAACUCUGCCUUAAACCCCAAGAGGAAGCCAAGCCCGGCUUAUAUGAAGGAGGAUGCCAAGGCUUUGGAUGCCACAAAAGCUUCUAAGGGCUCUUUAAAGGAUAUCUACAAGGUCAUCAAUGGAGAAGGGGAGCAGAUCAGGGCUUUCAAGUGCGAGCACUGUCGCGUUCUUUUCCUGGACCACGUCAUGUACACCAUCCACAUGGGCUGCCACGGCUACCGGGACCCGCUGGAGUGCAACAUCUGUGGCUACCGAAGCCAGGACCGCUAUGAGUUCUCAUCGCACAUUGUUCGAGGGGAGCACACAUUCCACUAGGCCUUCUCAUCCAAAGGGGACUCUUAUGAAGUAGAAGAACUGCACAUGAAGAAAUACUGCACUUACAGUCCCACUUUUCCUCAGACAUUGAGACGCCUGUUUUGUUGUUGUUGUUGCUGUUGUUGUUGUUGCUGUUGUUUAAUUAAUAUUAUUGUUAACCUUAUUUUUUUGUGGACUCAUUUUCAUUUGCUUUGCCCGGCUUAAGAAUGGAAAGAAGGAAGGGAAAGGGUAAAAAGGGGGGGGUUGUCGUUGCUGUCACUUGUUGGGGGAUGACCUGAUGUGUUUCUAGUGGGAGCUGAAAGGCAGUCUGUUUCUGUCUCAGCUGUAUAUCAUGUCCUAUUUUGGGAUGUUGCUCAACCCUGCUAGGUGCUUUAAAGUCUUGACGAGUUGCCACUCAUUUGUAAUUUCAGACAAACAGAAACAUUUCAGAGGAGAGCCUUUUUUUACAUGUGCAGAUAUGGUGUGGGCUUUCGGUGGCUGGAAUUCCUUAUUUUGCAGAAUGAACAAUUAUUUUUAAAGGAAAACUGCUUAGGGAUUUAGGAGCAUCAAUCAAAAUCAUCAUUCCUUUCAAAAUUACUUUCUAGGGUGAGCUUUUUUCCUGGAUGCAGUGUGUACUGCCCCUGUAGAAUGUAAAGAAAAAAAAAGGGGAAAAAAAAAGAAGAAGAAAAAAAGCAAAGAAACGUAAGUCUUAACACUGUACUGCAUAACAGCAGCUUAGUUUCGUAAGUCUGAGGGCCUUCUGUGGUAAGUCUGAGGCUCUGCAUUGUUAUUUUCCUUAACUUACAAAGCACCUUUUUUAGAAUUGUUGAUUUGCUGUUACUCCAUGCCUAUGUGUUGACUCACUGGCUUCUUAGAGACCCUUGGGAGCCUUAAUUAUUUAGAUACACCCUAUGGUUUAAAAAAAUCUAAUUUACAAAUAAUGUUUAAACUUGCUUCUGGGACCGUAACUGGCCUAGGAGUGGGUGAGAGUCUGUAGUUUACUCAAGAGGUUCUGCUGCUCUUCUAAAAUAGUUCUAUUUUAAAAUGACAGAGUUGAAAAUAACAAAAGUACUACUAGCAAAGUGUUCAUUUAAUAUAAUUAUAUGUCUAUAUACACCUAUAUAACUACUUUCUCAUUCUAUUGUCACAGUGUUAACCUCCAGGCAACAGCCUAAACUAAUACUGGCAGCUGAGAAAGAACUAGGGGCCAGAUCAUUGGCCAGCAUUAAUCCUCUUAGCUCCACUGACUUUAAUGGAACUCCCCCGACUACUUUAGCCACAUCAGAAUCUGAGUCUUGAUCACUUUUUUCUGUAGUUGACAUCUUAUUUGCUGAACCAGUGACUUCCUUUUGUUUUCAUGUCAUCAACUGUCCUUUAACAUAGGAGCGAAAGCACAGGUUUUGCUGAACGGCCUUUGCUCUUGGGGAGCACACCAGCUCUGCAAACACACAGAUCUCGUAUGACCUUCCCUGCAUCUUCAGCAAUUGAUGCAUGGAGGUUCUGUGCUUUGGUUUCAAUUGAAAUUUCGUUUCUAUUCAAAAUGUAUUUAUUUCACUGCAUAGAAAACAAAUGAAACAGAUUCCAUUGCAAUUUCUUGCCCUACAGACUGGACAAGAGCAACCAAAAAAACCAACACGCCAGUGUGUUUUGUUUCCUUUGUUUCUCUCCCCAAAAGUAACAAAGCCAGCAACCACCCAAGUCGCAGGUUGCAUCAGCUAAAAACUGGGCUUAAACCUAUGUGACAGAUUGCCAUUGAAACCCAACUGUUUGUACCAAUCACAAGUGAAAUGUUGUUGUCGUGCAACAAGAGCACAGCUUGAGAAUGGAAAGAAUUGCAUGAGUUUAACCCCCUCCAUGCAAGUGGUCUCCAUGCGCUCAGUGAGACCUGCUCCAAAAUAUAAAGUAACUGAAGUAUAAGAGAAGGAGCAAGAUCAGGCCAUAAUGAGUUCCCAUCUGCUCACUUCAAUCUGCGUACACCAUACACGUGCCAGUUUACUCUUUGUUUGGAGGGUACUGCUUUGUUGUGUUGGUUUUUUUUUCUUUCUCUUUCUAGACCUGGAGUAUUUGAAAGUAGGAGAUGAGUGGUAUCGAUUGAGAUCUUUUUAUGGUGACAUUCUUGGCAGCCAGAACCUGUGUUUAGAAAGGAUACAGUAGAUCAUGGCCAGAUUACCUGAUGACUGCUUCCCAGCACUGAAAUGCUAUUAAGUAGGAGCUGGUAAAGUCUUGCAGUAGCCUAUUAAUUAUAAUACAAUAUGGAGAGAAAUGUCAUCUGAUGUAAUGUGAGAGCUAUCAAGGCUGGGAAUAUAUGGGCUUUGGGGAGACAGAUUUAAAGACCUAUUCCCAACAUUGUUCUUAACGUUGUUGGGUUCCUCCUCCCUUCUUUCCUUAUUGUAACAUAGAGAAAGUUGCUGCCAUCCUCCAGGCCGUUCUCAUUCUCUUAUGGUUGGUGCAAUCAAACGACUUUGGUGCAGGAGAAAAUGGAGAUGCUGUAGGGCAUUGCUUCCUUUCUGUAUGGCUGAUUCACUGGAGCAAUGGAAGAUGGCUUAAGAGCUGUGCUCUGCAUCAUCAGAUGUUUGGAAAUCCAGAAGGGAGUUGCUUUUAACGCAUGUCACAAGGGGUUGGGGGGAGGCAGUUGUUACUUCUGUUUGAGCAGCAAAGGGUGUUUAGGAACGCUGUGCAAAGGGGAUGAUGCUGAAAGUCCCUGGGCUUGCCUGGAGCUCUGAAAAGACUCACCUGUACAAAAAGAAGGGUAUCUGAGGAUCGCUUCCUGUCCGUGGGAGAUAGAACAGUCCUUUCUCCCCUCUGGUUAGUGGGAAGAACGUGGGCUUUGGAUUUUUCAGAGAGUUAGCAAUAGGAGACACGUGUUAAAAAAAAAAAUUGUGCCUGUGCUUGGGAAAGCACAGGGAUUGGGGAAAGGCAGAGCAUCAUUUGUGUAUCCACAAAUAAUUUGUUCACAAUUAUAUCCACAGCUUGUUAGAGUGCUCUUUCAUUUGCUGAUGGUUCAUCGGUGCCUCCUGCAGUGUCAGUGCUUCAGUCAUCAGAGAGGGAGACGCAGCGGUGUUGUAGCUGGCUUCAGUCAAGCCCAACUCCUGAUUCCAGUGGCAGCAUGCAGGAAUUGUAUGGGAGAAGUACUGUGUAUUGAUGCUACAGGAGCAGAGAACGAGGAAGGGGACACACUGAUAAAACUGCCUUCCAAAACCUUCAUUUUUUGAAGAGCAAGAAGAUGAGUGAUUGCAUUAAUUUCUAUUAUCAGUGUCUUUUCUGAAGGCUCAGUGAAGUUUUUCAUCUUAGAACUAGGGAAAGAAAAGAGAUCAAGUUCCAAUUUGAGUUUUGAACAAAGUUUUGGGCUACUGUUUGUUUUAGUUUCGGUUCCCACUUGGCAUUAUUGUUGAGAGAAAGGAGCAAUCCCUUGUUCCUCAAAAGCAGAUGCCUAGUUGGCCUAGGGAAAACUAAUGGAGAGUUUUCAUAUAAGUCAUUUUGCCCCUUUGUGGAAGCAAUGCAAGCUUUUCUAAGAAAAGCUGUUGAGUUUUGUCAACUUCAUUAGUCAUUCAGAGCAUACUAGGAAUUUCAGUAGAUAAUCCUUGGCCUGCACAUCCAAUUGUUCUAAGUAUUUGGUGUUUGAAAUCGAACCUGGCUGAUUUUUAUUGGCCUCUCCUGAAAUUCUUGGAAUCAGGUUUCCAGUUAAGGACGUGCGUUUGCAAAUUCAGAAUUGGCUUCCUGAACAUUCCUCAUUUUCAUUAUAUUAAAAGGAAAAAAAAAAAAGCCAUUUCUGCAAACAUCCCUGCCAAUAAACCCUUUCAUUUCUUUUUACAUCUAAAAUGGCAAGAUUCUGACUCAAUUUAGAGUAGCACAAGCCUAUUAAUUCUCAUAGAAGCAUGGCUGCUUAUUGUGCUCUUGAUGUGAUCCAUAUUCCUGGAGCAAAGGGCAUUAUCUAUAUAUCUGCUGUUACAGUCAAUGGAUUUUACAGCCACCCUUCUUUGCAGCCAGUUUGGAGUGCACAUCAAAAUAUAUAGCAUUUUUCAGCAAAGCCAACUCUUUACUCAGUAACUUCUGAGAUUAAAAUAAUUUUAUUCUUCUUAAGAAGUGCUUCCAUCUAUGAAUUGAUGAGAGAAGUGUGUGGGCUUUAUCCGCUAUUGGUCCACAUUAGAGAAAGAAUCUGAAUUUGUAAACUGGCCUUUUUUUUUUAAUUGUAGUAGUAAUUUCUGCAGUCUGAGGGGACAGCUCACGAGUAGCCAUGUGGAAGUACUGUAUAUUUACUUACUGGUGAAGAAAUUGUCUAUUUUUAAAGAAUUCCCAAAUUUCUUUCUGUUUAUAAAGGCACUCCUAAACUGGGGCUGUCAGGAGGAAGAGGAAGGCCAUGAACCCAACCAAACCCUUGAAAACUGGCCUUCAGUAGGGUAUUAUUCCUAUUGCCUAGGUCCUGAACUGUUGUUUUUUUAUAUUUUCUUAUUUGAGAACACGUUGUGAAAGAUGACAGAGAACAGUCCUUCCUCCAGAGAAAAGCUUUGGAGACAAUGUAGGGAAAGGUGCUUACUUCAGCCAAGGACAGGAGCAGUGCUAAUGCAGAUCCUUCAAGAGGUAAUAUUCCUUUUACUUAACUCUUGCUGUGCAUUAUAAUGUAAUAAGGAGGGAUAAGGGAGGCUGCACCGUUACCUGAAUCAACUAAACUCAAGGAGGGAAUUGUAGGAAGAGGGUGAUGAAAUUGACUUUGAUGCUGGAAAUGUGCAUCCUUGCUUGGCUUAGUAUCCUUUAAAAACAAAAAUAGAUGGCAGCAAUGACUUGCGGUCUAGAGCAGUUGGAGAUAUUGGGAAAGUAUAUUUAUAUAUAUGGUAUUAUAUAAUUAGAUAUAUGCUUUAUUGUAAACGUGCCUUUUUGAAACGCAUUUUGAAAGUUGAUGAUGUCAUUCAUGAUAUCUUGCCCUGCCCUUUCAGAAUGCACGACAAGAGCCAACCCAAAGUAAAAACCCCUUCUUGUACCAUGGGCAAGGCAGAUCCCAGACUGCUGGGUCGGGAGGGAGCUGUGCUAGUGUUUAGCUGUGAGGUGUGCAGGAAGAGGCUGCAGGAGUGAGAAGAGCUGCAAUCAUGCUGGCCAGAUGCAUCCAGCAUCCAGCUGGAGCUGGUCUAUAGGGCUGGUCCCAACCUACUGAGCGUUGGAAGAUGAGACCGUGAUGCCAGUGCCCCCCCCUGUUGUUGGAACAGAGCAAGGAGAAACCCAUCUGGGUGAUGUUAUGGGAGAGGUGUGUGUUGGAGACAGGCAGGAGCUUGCUCCCUUCUGCAUGGGUUUGUGAGCUGGCAUGCUUGGAUGAGAAGUGCAGAAUUGUUUUGGUGCUUCCUGGCAGGCUGGUGACCUCGUUUGAGACCUGAUUAUUUUACCUGCAGCAUCAGUGAGUGCUGGCACAAGUUGAGUCUAGUGCCAGCUCCUUGGCACGUGUCUGCUGGGGCUGACCAUCCUGGUGGGAGGAUGGAUAAGGAAUCAGGGAAAGAAGAGGCAGAACUUGCUCUGUAGUGACAGUAUUCUGUUUUAUCCCGUUAAGAAAAGGGCUGAAGGAUCAGCCAGGAAGAACAUUGGCAAUUUCUUGUUUUAGGCUCAUGCAGCAAUCCGAGUUACUUCAGUUCACUUCCAGCCCUCAGAAUGGUGGUUACUGCCCUGUUCACGUGGAUCCCUGUUUGGGAGUACAGCUGCCUAUGCUCUCCUGCUGCAACAUCCCUUUCCUUUGCACCGUGAGACUUACUGUUCUGUGGGCAGCAGUGACCAUCCUAAUAUUAUUUACAGUUAAAAAAAGAAAAAAAAAAAAGAAAAAGAAAAAAAAAAGAAAGAAAGAAAAAAAAAAGCUUUACAGUUAACCCUGUGCUUAACGUGUUAGAUUAGGGCUUUCCUUGCUGAGUGGUACAGCGCAGCAAUUUCCACCAGCUCUCAGUCAGCAGCACCCAAUAGCGGGUGAAGGCGAUUCCACAGGUGUGUCUGUAGCAGCCUUAAUCCUUUCUGCCCAGCAGUUUGUGUGUGCUGGCAGCCUGCAGUCCACGUUGUCCACUGAUGUGAAAUAUGGGAGCCUCCUGCGAGGCAGAGGGGAGCAUGAUGCCGUUAUUGGCACAAAGAGGCCAGUUUGCAGUAAAUUGGGCCAUUUAGCUUUACCUCAAGUGACGUGGAAUAAGAAAAGCUUCUUUUAGGGGUAGAGGUCACUGAAUCCCCGACUAUGCACUUACUGGGAUUUGACAUUGCUUACUGGAAAUGGAUGUUCGCUUCUGAGCACGCUGUAACAAGGGAAGGACUUUUGGUUGUUUUGUUUUUUUGUUGUAGUUCAGAUUCUGAAACUGUGAUUGAUUCUUUUGACUAAUUGUCAAGUGUUCUCAGAGCUUGAACGUGUUCCCUUCCUCUGUCAUGUAGCAGUUUCCUUUGGUUUUCAGUUGUUUUCUCUUUCUCCCCCUUUUCCUUCUCUUAGCUUUAAGUCUGGGCCUGCUCUUAUCUCCUGUAGCUUGGGGCUGUUUAGGGUUUUUUUUUGUGUGUGUGUGUUUUUUUGUUCAUUGGCUGUACAGUCUGUUUACAUAUUUUUGUACUCAAGUGUAGUUUUAUAUUAAAAACAGGAAAAAGAAAAAAACAUAGUUGAAUUGAGAAAAAAUAUUAAGGUACGUACUCUUUGUAACACUUUAAAGACCUAGGGUACCUUCAGAGGUGACUUUGCAGUGAUGUAAUUAUGAUACUGUAUAUUUGCCUUCCUUUUUAGUUAUUUUUGUUUUCUGGUUUAUUUUUUUUUUUUUCCUAAAAUGUAUAUCUUUUUAUGAGAAACUGGAAACUUUUAAUGCAAAUGUUUAGAAAGAUUUAACAUUGUAAAGUAAAAAGAAAAAAGUCAUAUAGUUUUUUUUUUUCCUGUUGGAAGAAAAUGCUUUAAAAGUUUUACUACUGUUGUAUUCCAGGGUGGGGGUUAUCAACCCCAAAUUUCCUUCUUAUGCUUCAUUCUUGGGUCUUGCUUUCUAAAGAUGCUCAUUGCAGACAUGGAUGAUUCGCUUGUGUUAGUUUAAAAAGAAAGUCACAAAGAAAACCACCUUUUAGGGGUACUUUUCGGUUCAAGUGCAAUACUUCCCCUGAUGUCUUAUUAAUGUACUAUGGUUUCCUUUUCCUUUCCUCAGUCAAUGCAAAUCAGUGAAGCAAAAUGCUCUAUCUUAAAUACAUUCAAAGAGAAGUUUUGAAUAAGUACAUCAGUUCCGAUUUUGGCUGACAGAAAGUGAGAAGCUGUAGGUUAAGACAGAAGCCCAGCCCUUAACUCUGCUUGUAUUCGGCACUGAAACGCAUCCAGUGGUCUGAACUGAGGACAAAUGUGUUCUUGCCUCUUCCUUCCUUUUCUAAUUGCAGCUUUCUUUUCUUCCUUUAAAAAAAAAAAAAAAAAAAAAAAGAAGAAGAAAAAAAGAAAAACAGAAAAAAAGCACUUAAUAUUGAUGUUUAUGGAAAAAUACCAGAAAAUAAAAAGAUGGCUCGGUCCGAUCCAAAACCCACUCAGUGGAGACUCUCAUUGAGUUUGAUGAUGGAUUUUGGAUUAGGCCUAAGCUCUUAGCUAAGGCAAAGCUUCCAUUUGCUCUAGUGGGAGAGAUUUGCCUGCGUAAGAAUUACAGGACUUGUGUCCUUUAUCUACCUGAGAGACCAGAAAAGCUUCUUUACAGUUGUCCUUGUCUUAUAUAUGUUUAGAUGGGACUUGUUUUACAUACUAUACAUAUUUAUAUAUAGCGUAUUUUUAAUGCCUCUUUCCCCCCUCUCCCCUGGUAGACUGAAACCGCUGUUCUGUAAAUAUGUAUUUAGGUACAUAACAAAAAGAGAAAAAACCCCAUUGAGAUUCUUGCAAAGGCAGUUGCUGCGCAUGCACAGGAGCCACUUUUGUCUCUUAAAUUUGUAUUUAAGAUAUUCCUUUUUCAAAAUAACAAAGGUGAGGAGACCAUAUCUCAUUCUGAUGGAUUGCCAAAAUAUUUCCCCAGGCUCGGCUGUCUGAGCUGAAGAAGGAAAGUGCAUUCUGUGGGUGACUGCCCACGGGUUCACGCUUUUAGGGCCAAAUUCUGGUAAUCUGCUGUAGGCUGUAUAGGUUCCCCCUCCAACAGGGACCACGCUGGAGCAGUGGGGUUGUAGCAAAGCGCAAAGAUCUCGUGACCAUAAUUUCAGAUCUUGACCCAUUUGUCUCGGCAUCUUUUGUGACAUGGGGAGCUGCUCUCUGCCCACUCGGGUGCCGAAUUCCAUGUUGGUCCUGGUUGCUUCCAGGCCAGGGUUUUUAGUUUUGUGACCGAUGUUCUGAGCUGAAAUUGAGGACUCUAAAAAAAAAGUAAAAAAUGAAAUUAAAAACAGAAUUUACUCCAAAACGCAGUGAACACACUGAGAUUUGCCCCGCUGCUUUUCUUGGAAAUUGGAACAUCCUGCUCUUGUAAAGGAGUUCAGAAAUGAUCACUGUUGCAGUGGUGCGUGUGAGCAACCCCGAUGUAAACCCAUAUCCCUCUGCUAAAGAGUUUCACUGCUGUAGACUGAACUAUGGGACUUAUUUUGGUUUUAUUUUCCACCUUAGUCUACAUGCAUACAUAUGGUUCCACGUCUGUAUGUGUGUGCUCUGUACAUGUGUGAGUGUUGUGCAGCCACGUGAGAGUGUGAGUCUGUAUGUGUGUAUAAAUAAAAAGAAGCUGCAGAAACUUUGUAAUACUUUGUGAAAAGGAUUAUAUUAUAAAGGUUUGUACUGUCUUGAGUGCACAGCUACUGGAAUAAAUGUAGGGAAUCUCAGGAACAAGCAUAUAAUAUGUCCAAGAAUUAUUUCUUCUCAGAAGUGUAAGUGCAGUUUUUAAUUCUGUAUAUUAUUUAAUAUUUUACCAAUAAAAAUAAACUUCUGACAUGAAAGGGUUUUCCAUUCAA